AUGGUGGACGCGUUUGCUGCGGGUGCGGAUUCAACAUAUACAGCUCUAGAGUGGACAAUGACUGAGCUUUUGAGGCAUCCAAGAGCCAUGAAAACAUUACAAAAUGAAGUGCGAGGACUAGCCCAAGGGAAAUCAGAGAUAACAGAGGAUGAUUUAGGAAAUAUGCAGUACCUGAAAGCCGUGAUCAAGGAGAGUCUCAGACUUCAUCCACCGUUUCCACUACUAAUCCCUCGAGAACCAACAGAAGACGUAAAAUUACUAGGCUAUCACAUACCUGCUAAAACUCAAGUCAUAAUUAAUGCUUGGGCAAUCGGAAGAGAUCCGUUGUCGUUAGGGAUGGCAAUGGGGCGGGUUUGCAGAAGGGGCUGCCCAGGACGUUCCUUUGCUAUUGCGGGGAUUGAGUUAGCAUUGGCAAAGCUUGUGCACAAGUUCAAUUUUGCAUUACCGGAAGGGUUAAGAGAGGAGGAUUUGGAUAUGACUGAAAAUACUAGCCUCACUGUCCGUAGGAAAUCACCUUUGCUAGCCGUGGCAACUCCGUCCUCUAGUUAG